GAUCAUUUUAAGUGAGACUAAUAUUAAAAGUGGGUACGGAUUAAUCUAUCUACUUUAAAGUCUUGAUAAAACAUAAGUGUAUAAAUUUCGCGAUAAUCCCCUAGGAUUAGUUUUUAUUCAAACGGUAUAAGCUCCUUACAGCCGACAUGUUUGUUGACCGGUGGAAUUUCGGUUGAAUCGAGACCAAUCGAUCAAGUCAGUCUGCUUGAUUAACAAUCGAAAAUCAAGUCAAUAAUGAGCAGAAAUUAGAUAAAAUAUCAAAUUCUAUCGGAUCUUAUUCGAUUAAGCCAUGACAACGGAGAACAAAACGAAAGGCGGAGGAAGAUGGACCUCUCUGCAGACCAUGGGUCAGCACGAGAAAGACCCGGAACCAGAUUUCAAUGACUGUCUCAUGAAAGUAUUCCGUCAAAAACUGCAACGAAAGCGUCAGGAACACGCUUGCAAGACAGCCAAUCAGCUAAUUAAGCAGGUCACUGAUAUUGCCUUUUCAUUGAGCACUGAGUGGAAGGAAUACACGACUUGCUCUGUGAAAAGCGGGGGAGUUAGAACAACACCUUUGCGCACUCUUGGUGAAGGGAGUUAUGAGUGCAUGGUGCCAUUAAAACGACCAAUGAGACUGGACGGAUUUAAGGUGUUUCAGCGCGGCAUUGAUGAGAUGCCCCUACAUCGUUGCUUAAUUCAAGUGAACCCAGCUUUGUGUAAACAAGAACAGCAUCUUGUAAACAGAGAGUGGGAACCAUUCAUAGAUAACGACGGCUUCCUUAGGCCUACAGGAAUACUUAACUGGUUUAACAGGGGUUUACAUAAAGCUUGCCAGGUUCUGUUAACGGAGAAUCAUAACGUAGAUAAGCUCGGAUGUUACGUAGGUGAUGACGGUACAGCCACCAUACAUGCAACUAUGUCGGACUUUGAUGGAGAUGAACUGCAGAUCAACGUUUUUAACGUGAAUAUAUACCCAGUAUUCGCACUAGACAGAUUACCAUCGAGUGUGAAACUGAGUGCUCCGUUACCGUGCUACGGUGAUUACAUACAGGGACAGAAAGAAUUUAGAAACCUUGUACUCAAAGAUCUUGAAGAUGGUAAACCGAUCGCCUUCCUCGAUCCAAAAUCAGACGUCGGGCAUAGUCUUGUGAAGAAGUGUUUACCAAAAGAUGGUCCAACUUGGAAAAUCAAUAUCAGUUUAACCGAAUACCACGUGUACAGUUUGAUCGACAAGUACUGUCGAGGUCUGAAAUUUCGCCAUGUUUUGAUUCUAAUGAGUAUACUCCGUGAAGAGCAUCCGAAAAAACUGGGGUCUCUCAAUAACGAAAUCCUAGUGAACACCCUGUUUAACGUCUCUCAACGUUACAUAGAUAAGAUUCGUGACAAGAAAGUUUGGAUAUUUCAGGUUAUUCAAACACUGAUAGACUAUCUUGAACAAGGUUUCUUGCCGUCAUUCUACCUGCCCAGACAGGAUCUUCUCCAUACAUAUGGAAUUUCUAAAGAAAAACAAAACAUCGCUUGUGAAACUCUGAAAGCAUUCUUGUCAGAAAUUAAAAGCAGCUCGAAAAACUUAAUGAAACACACUGGUUAUGUUGAUCCUUUUAAAAUGUCACUGCAAGAGGCGAUGAAAAUGAGAACAGAUACGAGAGACGGUCGUGACGACUCUGAAAAUGUUCCAAAUACACAGGGGGAAGAUGGUGUUCCAAAAACGAAUGAAGACCGCAAAAUGUCAAGUAAGGGUCAAGAAAAAGACUUUACCGACGACGGUCCAGUUGAAGAUACGGACCGUAUCGGUGAAUUACCGAGAAGUGCUGGUUUUAGAAAUUGGGAGAAUAAUUUUGAAGACGAAAGCGGCAUAAGUAAGCCAAGUAAAGGCGGAGAAAGAAGUGACAUAUUUUAAAAACUGAAUUAACUAAAUAAAUGAAUUUCCAAUCCAGUUUAAUUAUUGAUUGCCACAAAAGGCAUGGAUGAAAAAAAUUAUGAGAACAAGUGGUCAAUAUUUUUUGUUAAAGAGUACCUGUCAAUCAGUACAAAUGAUAUUUCUGGAAAGAAACAAAUGUAAUGUCCACCAUAUUUGACUUUCUCCUUUAGGAUUGUUUAUCUGAAGGAAAACAAUCAAUAAAAAUGUGCUGGACAGUCGUUGUAAAAGAAUGAUUUUGUUAUUGGUGAUUUUUUGAUAGCAUUGGUUUUUAAUAAUAACUUCUGUAUUCCAUCCGACAACAUAUU